AUGGUAGAUCGAUACGAAGAAUCCCCAAUACGACAUAAAAAUACAUCAUUAACUGAAGACGGUUAUAAGAUCUAUUUAUCUAUCUAUCUAUCUAUCUAUCUAUCUAUCUAUCUAUCUAUCUAUCUGAGUCUGUUUAUCUAUCUGUUCUGUUUAUCUAUCUAUCUAUCUAUCUAUCUAUCUAUCUAUCUAUCUAUCUAUCUAUCUGAGUCUUUAAACUAUUUCAUUCUAUCUAUCUAUCUAUCUAUCUAUCUAUCUAUCUAUCUAUCUAUCUAUCUAUCUAUCUAUCUAUCGCAGUCUGUUCAUAUCUAUCUAUCUAUCUAUCUAUCUAUCUAUCUAUCUAUCUUGCUGUACCCUUGUUGGUUUGUACUGAAAUACCUAUCUAUCUAUCUAUCUAUCUAUCUAUCUAUCUAUCUGAGUUUGUUCAUCUAUCUCUUUGAGUUUGUUUAUGUCCAUCUAUCUAUCUAUCUAUCUAUCUAUCUAUCUAUCUAUCUAUCUAUUUUAUAUCUUUUUUUCAAUCAUAUCUAUCAAUCAUAUCUGCCUAUCUAUAGAUCUAUUUAUCUGUCGAUCUAUAUACCUAUUUAUCUGCCUGUCUUUCUUUCUUUCUAUCUAUCUAUCUAUCUAUCUAUCUAUCUAUCUAUCUAUCUAUCUAUGUUCCUCUCUUCUCAUUCUGCUUACUGUUGGCUUUUAGUCCUUUCUUCACUUUCUUCUCACUACUGUUAUUUAGUCAUUUACUACAUUCUAUAG